AUGAAGCGGUCGAUUGCAUCGAGCAAAACCGGUAUUGAUGCAGUUAACAAAAUGAACACUCGCUCCCGUGACGAAACAGGUGUCGAACGAAGAGGCAGAGAGUGGGAGAUAUUCGGGAGUGAGCAUGUGGGCCGGAGGGCAGUUUCACUGGGGUCCGAACGAAGCCGUUCCGACUCAUCUCACGUUGUACGAUGGGAGCGUGCCGUGGGAGGAGAGGGUGGAUCUCGCUCUGUCCUGGUUCGUCGACCGGCCAAUUUCGUCGUCUUCUACUUGGAGGAACCCGAUAGUACGGGGCACGAUAACGGACCGGAUUCUCCGGAGGUGAAGGCGAUGGUGGAGCGGGUGGAUGAAUUGCUUGGAUAUCUCGUGUCUCGGCUCGAUAGCCUGGGCCUCUUGGAAAGGACUAAUCUCAUCUUCCUUUCGGACCACGGGAUGCUGGGAGUGAAUCGCAGCAUGGCGUUACACCUCGACUCCAUCCCCGUCCCUCCCAGUGAUUACUGGCAUGCCACCAACUCUCCCCUAGUGCUCAUCUAUCCGCUGGAAGGGAAAGAGGAGGAAGUUUAUCAGGGAUUCCUCACUGCAUCCAUGACGAGACCAUUCACAGUGUACAAAACGGAAAACAGCCCCGAAGAAUGGCAUUACGGACCCACACCACAUUCCCCACCGUUUUACAUAGUUGCGGACAAAGGAUAUACUUUCAGUGAUGAUGCCUGGUUGCUGAAUGCUACCCCCAAAGACCCAAGGAACGAGAUGAUCGGGGUCCACGGAUACAACAAUUCCUUUCCCGAAAUGCAGGCCUACUUUGUCGCCCACGGCCCGGCAUUCAAGAAGGGCUACGUGUCUCCCGAGGAUCUCGUUUUCAACAAUAUCGAUGUGUACCCUUUGCUCUGUCACCUCUUGGGAAUCCAAGCUCGUCCAAAUAACGGAACUCUGGAGCACUCCUUGGACUUUUUAGUGCCAACCGGCCACAGUGUCAGGUCAGUGUCAGAGUUGGAUCUCUGGAAUGCCUCGAAUUCGAGAUUCCCUCUUAGAAAGAGGUUGAGUAUCUGUCAUUACCAUGGGUGCGAUGGGAACGUGGCAGCCAACCGGUAA